GAAGGUGAUGUGUGCGUCUAUGGUUUCCGAUUCGUCGCUGUUGGUAGUCGCUAGACGACGGGCAGCAGCAAUAGCAGCAGCCUCCAUUGGCAAAGAUUGCAACCGUCGGUAGUGUCACCGUAAGCACCACCACCACACUAACCCCACACCGGCUGGCCAGAAUUGGUGGGUGCAUCAAGAAGUAGGGUUAUCUCAAAAGGUUCCCUUUGCGAAACGAUAUUAUCGAGCGGAUGCUUCUCGCCAGUACAGGCGUGAUUAACGAAGAGUGUAGUAUACUCCUUAGUGCAGUGCUUGUGUGUUGCUAGCUGUGAAUUAAAAGAAAAAUUUGAUACAGAUUCACCUACUCAAAUCUUGCGUUUUGUGCAAAAGAAAAUCGUGCAUCGUGCAAGCUUUCCUACGUAUAGAUAAGCAAUUGUAAUAAGUGCGUUAGCGAAACAGUGUUUGGUGUUUUGUAUGUUAAGGGAUUAAGUGCAGUUGAAUCAUCAUCAUCUCGAAGAUACGCUAUAACGCUACCAACAUGUCGUUAGACAACCGGAACACGUCCGCCCAAUUUAAGCGGGCGGAACAGCUGAAACGGUGGGAGGAGUCGGAGAUGAACAAAAAAUUGAGCGGCGUCCCGAAGAGCCCGUCAUCCCGGCGGAUCAAAUUUUCGUCCGGCUGCAUCUUCCUAGCGGCUUGUGUCGCCGGCGAUAAGGAGGAAGUGGAGUGGUUGCUUAAGAAUGGAGCCGACAUCGAUACGGCCAACGUGGAUGGGUUGACCGCUUUACAUCAGGCUUGCAUUGACGACAAUUUGGAUAUGGUAGAGUUUCUCGUACAGAAAGGUGCCGACGUGAAUCGCAAGGAUAACGAAGGCUGGACACCAUUGCACGCCACAGCAUCAUGCGGAUUUCUCAGUAUAGCACGCUAUCUGAUAGAGAACGGCGCCGAUUUAGCGUCGAUCAACAGCGACGGGGAGCUGGCAGUAGAUCUGGCCAGCUCGGACGCGAUGGAAGAUCUCAUCCAGCAUCACCUCGACGAGCAGGGUAUCGAUUGCGAUGACGCACGCCAGGCGGAGGAGCGUAUCAUGCUGAGUGACGCCACCAAGUGGCUCCGUACGGACAGUUCCGACUGUGAUAAGGCGCACCCGAAGACGGGUGCCACCGCGAUCCAUGUUGCGGCCGCCAAAGGCUACAUCGGUGUGCUGAAGCUACUGCUCGAAGGUCGAGGUGAUAUCGAUCGGCAGGAUGUAGACGGAUGGACACCACUGCAUGCGGCCGCCUAUUGGGGCCAGAAGGAAGCCACACAGAUGCUGUUGAAUGCUAGCGCAGACAUCGACAUCCAGAACUACAGUGGCCAGUUGGCGAUCGACAUUGCCCAGGACGAUAUCGUGCCUUUGCUGAAGGAUGCUCGCAAGAACGUGAAGCGCACGAAGCGCAGACCACCUAGUCACGGAAAUAGGAUUACGGAUAAUUUAGAAAAUAGUACGGAAACACCGACCAAGGUGAUUCGGGUCGAGGUGAAGCCGAUUGACAACAACAAACAGAAAGAAGCUGGACCCGUCGCCGUCGCCCACGACGACGACGACGACGACGAAGAUGUUGAGAGUACACAGCAAGUACCAUCGGAUGGCCAAGAAGAACCAGAAGAAGAAGAAGAAUCAAAUGAAAAAGAUGAAGAGGAGGAAGAGGAGACGAUGGAUGAUACGGUAGACGAGGAGCUAGACGAUGAAGAGGAGGAGGAGGAUGGGGAGGAGGAUGAGGAGGAGGAAGAAGUGGAUGAAGAUGAGAAUGACGAACAGGAGCAAGUGGUGUCCGUUGAGAAAAAUAAGCAUCUCGUCCAAGAUGUACCCGAUGCAAUUGGAGGGUUAUCAUAUCAGCGAGUUACUGCACAGGCAAUUCGAUGCGAUGAAGCUAAUCAAUCCAACCAAAUCAAAGAUGCCGAUAGCGAGGUGGAAGAAGAAGAAGAAGAAGAAGAAGAAGAUGCCAGCGUUUCGUCGGAACCGUUCUCAUCCUCCAAUCCAUCGGCUGAUAGUAGUUUAACCGAAUCCGAAACAGAUGAAUUGUUACCGCGACCCGUUCCAAUCAUCUCGCGGCCGGCACCGGUUCCACUGACCACGCAAAUCGUAACCCCGAAGCCACGUGUGACAGAAUCGGCUAACACUACGGCAACAUCGGCAGUACCUGCUAAUAAUCCUCCUCCACCAACGGCACCGUGGCGCCGUCAGCGUGCCAUACCAACGCCUGUCCCGCGUCAAUUCUACGAGCAAGAGGAACAACCAGCACAACCCACAACAGUAUCGCGUGCGACGGACGACGUCGACUACGCUAACCUCUAUUUCACGUCCAAGCGCAACCCAGUUUCGGAAAAGGAAAAUAAACCAACCGAACCGGAUGUGAUACUAAGGAGAACCCAGAGUUUCGAGAGCGAUGAAAAGUUCUACCAGAGGUAUGCAGAGCUGCGAGCACGAAUACAGGCUAACUCAUGCCCUCACACUAUCCUACCAUCGACGCCUAUUAACACUAAAACCAGUACUGCCUCCAACAACAACAACAACAACAACAGCAGCAACACCAAUAAUAAUAACAACAAUACUACCACUACUACGGCGUCGACGCCGACAACAAACAUUUCGUCGUACCUGGUGCAGCGGUCCGCUUCACUGAAGGAUCAUCGGACAUUAAGGAAAACAGCCAGCAAUUUGGUCCUUGGAAGCACAACAACGUCACCAUCGUCAGUGACCGGACCUACAACCGGCAUACCCACCAGCAUUGUGCCUCCCACAACCGGUACAGCCACUGCAGUAAGCCAGGCAACGAAUAACACAACCGGUAACGCUACGGCAACCUCUGGUGCCGUGUCACCGCCGACCAGUCCUUCCGGAACACCGACAACGACGCCCACUGCCGGACAGAUCAGGAGUUCCAUACCAACACCAAUCACCACCAACAACAACAAGAAAAUCAUGACCAACAGCAACACUGAUAACGGUGGUAGCACCCCAUUCGGUGAUCGCUACCGGAAGCGGUACGAGGAUCAAGCGGAAGUGGCGCGCAAAUUGCCACCAGUGGACAACAACACCAUCGCCGAUCAUACGUCCGCUUCCGUUCCCGAAGCUGGUGCCAAUCGUACCGAACACACGCCACACGAUGGCACAUUCACAUCCAGCAGCGGCCACAACGCCGCCGGUACCGGCACCGAUACCAACAAGAAUCAUAGUCUGUUCGAACUCAAUCGCAAAUACAUUGAGCAGGCCCAGAAAACGAAGAUCAAUAAUGAGCGCAAUAAAUUUCUCUCCUCACUCAACGAGAAGAGACAACAGCAGCUCCAGGAACAGCAGGGACAGUCAGAGGAUGGGCGAGUUGGGAGAACGAGCGGUACUGCCGGCAAACGGGAAGCGUCACAAGAAGAAACGUCGUUCGAGGAACCGGCGGAAGUGAAGUUGAUAAUUCCAUCGUCUAACGCAGCACCGACGAUGGUGGAAGCAUCCAUUACACCCUCGGCGAACACACCGGUGACGAGCAGCCCAUCGUCGAACAAACUGUCACCGGGAAAUAUUUUCAAAAACUUUUUCAAAUCAUUUGUACCACCGACGCGGGAUGAAGAAAGCGAAACACAAAGAAAGGCUCAUGCUAAGCGCGUCCGCGAGACGCGUCGCUCGACCCAAGGUGUCACUCUGGAUGAGAUCAAGAGUGCUGAACAAUUGGUCAAGAAGAAGAAUGCUUCAGGAUCCGGUAACGAAAACGAUACAAUGGGAUCAGCGACUGCGACAUCUGCAAGUACAACGAUCACGCCAUCAUCACCAUCCUCAUUAUCAUCCUCUGCAUCACCCUCAUUCACCAACAAUGCCACAACGAUAUCGGGCAUCACCACCGCGUCCAUCAACGAUCGUGUGCCGUCUGUUGGAGAGAUCAGUGAUCAGCAGCAAAGCGGUAAUCAUGUUGCGGAAGGCCCUGGAAAAGAUGCCAAUAGUGAAGUGAAAAUGGAUGACGUUGCCGUGUCCGCCAGUUUCACGUUAGCUCCGCCGGGCUCAACCGUCGAAGACGGUGGCGAUGGUGGAGGAGGUAACAGAAGGCAUCGACGAAGUGUGAGCGGAAAUGGCGAGGAGGAGGAUGAUAGUAAAGUGACGGUGUCGUAUACCCUCAGUGCUCCCGUACGGCAAAGUUCACCCAGUCGGCGGGCGACCGCGAACAACUCCAAAGAAAGUACCGUUCCACUAGCCGGGAGUGGUGAUGUUGGUGGCGAUGUUCCUGUCGUAUCGGCAACGUUCCAUGUGCCAGCGGUGACCGAUGCGGAGGGUGUUGCGACCACUGCCACCAUCCGAACGUCCGCAACUGCGGGUGGUGUCGUGAGUAAUAGCGAUAGUAAUACCACCUCCACCAUCACCAACACCACUUCCAACAACACCACCAGUGCAUCCUCUAAUACCAACCACAACACAGCCGCAACCUACACUAAACGUUCACUGUUCGAUAUCGAUAAUGCCAACUCACUAACAUUGGCCGAAAAGCUACGCCACGAGGCAAACAAGUAUGCCAUCGCGGCGGUAGCGGAUGGCGAUCUGGACAGCCAUCUUGCCUCCCGGGUGCCAAAUAGCAAUAGCACUACUAAUAGUGGCGGAGAAAGUAACAGCAACAGCAGCAGUACAAACGCACUUGCGGACAAUAGUGUUGUGAGUGCUGCUGGUGCUGCUGCCGGUUCUGCCGUUCCGCCGUCUCCGACGCUACGGAAGGCGGCGGAUUCCGUGGCAACGACGGGUGUAACAGCCGAACGAAGGCCCUCGUGGCGGUUGAAAGUGGACGGUGGCAGCAAGUUCAAACUGGAAGAUGCGUCCACACCGAAUGCCGCCACACAGUCAUCGUCGGUAGCGAGCGGUUCUGUGUAUGAAUCCGUCCCCGCUACUCAGGCAACAGAGCACGGUUUGAUUACUACUAAGCUCACCUCCUCGUCGGCCCUGGCUCAACGAAGGGCGCAGCAACAGAAUGGUGACACGACCACCACAGGGAUGACAGGUUCCAGCGUUGCCAGUACCGCCAUCGGUUCACGGCCACUAUCCUCCUCGGGUCUUGCCGCUGGCGAGCAGUAUAACCGCGUGCCUGGAAGCGCAGCAACGGCUGCUGGAGAACAGACCACAACAGCCAACAGUGGCGACACUAGUCCACUACACCAUCUUCGGCGACCACCAAAGUCGACCGCUGGGGGCGAAGAGAACAAGGAGAAUGACAAAGAGAAUGACAACCGCAGCACGGCACAGGCGACGCAGGCGGUUAUCCAACGGCGUCGGCGACAGAAGCGUCGUUCGACCGGUGUUGUUUCUGUAGGCAUAGAGGAUCUUGACCCUGACAGACAAGAUUCUCCUGUCGAUGGUGACGAGAAAGAGACUGGCUCGGAACGGGGUCGAUCGCGCGUCGGUUCGACAGCCUCCGAGUUGGACACGGCUAAUCAGCCUCAGGAUUCCACGCGGGAAAAUGGUGGCGACUGUAUCGACUACAAAGCUCUCUAUGAACAGGAAAAAGCCGAUAAUGAUAAGCUUAAGAUGGCACUGCGAAAGAAGGAUGAGGAGGUGGUAACGCUUAAGGGCGCCCUUGACCGAUUUACUACAGCGACCACCAAAAACAACUCCCUGUCGGAGCUGGAGAAACGCGAACGGCGCGCCAUGGAACGGAAGAUGUCUGAGAUGGAAGAGGAGUUGAAGCUGUUGCAAAAGUAUAAAACCGAAAACGAGCGGCUGCGGGCCGAAAACCGGGCUCUCACUCGUGUUGUAUCGAAGCUGACCACCUCGGCACAGAACCAAGUACAUGCCAACAAGCAGUAGCGACCGUAAUAUCUCGCAAACGUUUGACAAACGGGAUACAUUUUGGGCACAUUUGCUUUUCUUGUUGAUGGACUACAGCAGGGAUCUUCUGUGCCAACGAAAACGUAGUGUAGAUAAACAUUCUCUCGCUAAAGGGUAGCGCGAGCGGGUAUGCGGUAUCAUGCAAACGAAUCAUCGAAAAUGUUGCAUCGAACUUACCUACACCCCCUCUCGAAACACGUACACCAACUCACACACAAUCAGCAAAGGGAAUAAUCAAAAUUAUCGUAGACUGGACUUCUUAAUGUUGAACGGCUGCUGUACUACUGUGCCCAACAGUAGGUGAAGGCUGUCAGGAAAAUCAGACCGUUUAGACAUAACAUUUCACUAUAUUGAAAUCGUAACCUAGCAUGAGAUUAUACACACAUCGUGCAUCAUCGCGAUGAUACUAUAGCAAAUGGAAAGGGAACUUUGUUACCAUUAUUAAAACCACCAUCACAUAGUUACUCAAACUCCACACACACACAAAAAAGGGUAGAUUAUGCGUUCGGAUUAGGCAUAUAAACGUAUUUAUGUCACUGUUAUCGAAAAUGAAACAUUUUCGAGUUCUUUUCUUUCGAAUUUUGGUAAUUGAAAAUUAUAGCAAUACAAGCGGAACAUUGGGUGA